UGAUUUCUUUCCUUUGUGAUCUGGCGAUGGUGAAUGUUUUUACCUCUCUGUGUCCUUUGCUCGACUCACUUACUCAGACUCUGAAUCCAACCAGACGAGUGCCACAACGGAUAUAGAGCGUUCUUCUCUCUGCUCCAGUUUGGUUCUGACAGUUCAGAGGCUGAAAAGAAGUUUCUCUCGUUACGAACAGUUCUGUGCCAAAGUAGACUCAGUAGUGCUGACUUUUGGAUUCACUCAACUGACCACUGCCUAUCCAGUUUAUUGAGACGACGGAGAUAUGUCGAAGACGUGGUGGUUACUCUCCAAACAGGAGAUGGAAAACUCUCCAUCUUCCAGGGAUGGCAUUGACAAUACGAGGGAGCUGAACUAUCGUCAGCAACUGGCAACUCUAAUCCAAGAUAUGGGCCAGCGUUUGAAACUGGUGCAAUUGUCUAUCAACACGGCAAUUGUGUACAUGCAUCGCUUCUUCUCGAUUCAAUCCCUGCGCGACCGGAACCGAAAUGAAAUUGCACUGGCUGCAUUGUUUUUGGCUGCUAAGACUGAAGAACAGCCACGGCCGGUGGCGCAUGUAAUUCGCGUCUUCCAUGCUGUCUUGCAUAAAGAGGCAACUCCGGAUAAGCAGACCCUGGCUCGACUUGAUGAGAACCUGCAGCAGAAUGAAAGAGACCUCCUCAUGACUAUCGGCUUUGAUGUGUCCGUUGAGCAUCCACAUCCGCAUGUGGUGCGCUGUACCCAGAUGAUCAAGGCACCCAAAGAGCUCGCUCAGACGUCCUACUUCAUGGCCACGAACAGCCUGCACCUGACGACCUUCUGUCUCCAGUACAGGCCCCCUGUGGUGGCGUGUGUCUGCAUCUAUCUAGCAGCCAAGUGGUCAAGCUAUGAAAUUCCAACGUCAAGCGAUGGUUUAACGUGGUUCAACUAUGUGGACGAGCAAAUCACGGAGAGAGAGUUGGAAGAUCUUGUGCAAGAGUUCCUGAAGAUUCUUCACCGGAGUCCGUCACGCAUAAAGAAGAAGCUAUCGAAUCAUUCCAGGGGUGUGGCUGGUAAUCUUGAAGCGCCACCACCGAUUAACUUGGGCCGAUCUUCUAGCAGCAGCAGCGUUGCAGUCAGUAACAGCAGCGGCGUUGCAGUCAGUAACAGCAGCGGCGUUGCAGUCAGUAACAGCAGCGCUACUGUAGCCAACAGCAGUAACAGUGGCGGCAGCAGUAAUAGCACCGCCAACCCAUCAAAGCCUCAUGAUGCGCUCAAGCGACCCCAUGCAUCCAGUAGUAGCAACCAUGUGCAGUGUCCAAGUGCCAAGCGCCCUUACCACACUGGUGCAUCUGGCAGCGCAGUAACAGCAUCGUCCUCUUCUCACCGUCCGAGCAGCACUGCCUCAUCUGCGCAGGUCACUCCGUCCAUAUCCACUGGUCAUACCUCCUCAUCUUCCUCAUCCCAUCAUCACUCCGUGGGUCGCAGCAGCAGCGGCAGCAGCAACACUGCUGGGGCAGCAGCGUCGAGUGCAGCACGCUCUACUGCCUCUUCGACCGCUUUGUUCAGCCCUGCAACUAGCCACAGUGCCAGCUCAUCGAGCUCUGGCCCGCGCGUUUCACACUCGUCAAGCUCUGGCCAGCACAGUUCGCACUCGGCAAGCUCUGGCCAGCACAGUUCGCACUCGGCAAGCUCUGGCCAACAGCACAGUUCGCACUCAUCUUCAAGUCACCGGCAUCAGCAGCAACAGCAUCGCCAGCACCACCAUGCAUCAGCGUCCGGCGCUCACAUGCCCCAUUCUGGUUCGAGUGCACGGCCGUCUGCUGCAAGCAGCGGCAGCAGCUCUGCAAGUGCCAGCACACCGCAGAACUCUAUGUCACGUACCAAUGGAGGACAUCACCACCAUGUGCAGACAAAGCCAGGAUACAGCGCUACGUCCCGACCACCGUCAUCAUCAGCAUCAAGUAGCUCACAUGCACAGUCACAUGGGGGACAUCGGAGUUCUCCGGUGAAGCCUGGUGCCAGCAACAGUUCUGUACGGGACAGACCUUCGCAGAUACCACCACCUCUCCCUCGCGCUUGCCCAAGCGUGAAAAAGCCAAGCCCGCCACUGCCACCACCCAGUAAGGCAAGUAAUGCCUCCACCGCUCCGCCAUUGCCACCGGACGUUCCACCACAGCCACCAUUGCCAGAUGAUAGUGACGCGCCACCGCCACCGCCGCCGUCGUCAGCUGCCAAUGGCUCUCUGUCAGAGCCCUCCAGCAUUAUUCCUUCGGCAGUUUUAGCUACUGGCAGUGCUGGCAGUGCAAGCCAAGCCGGGCCACCACUCUCUACUAGUGCUCUGAUGCAAAUGAAUAUCCAGAGUUUAUCGGCUGAACAACUGGCUGGAUUCGAAAAUGCUGUUAAGCAACAAAUCGAACUGACGAGCCAGGAGAUAAAAACUGCCGAGUCAGCUGCCAGGCGCCCAGACAAUGGCCACUAGAAGUAGUGGCAGCAGCCGUUUGGAGGACCUCAUUGCCCACAGCCAGUACCGAGUCAUAGAACACAUUCUACUCAUAGUGCAGUGCCCCCGGCUAUGCUGAUUAGCUAAAAACACAUAAUGCUGUACAGUGUGUAGCCUAGUUAGAUGCUUGCUGUGUGCUUGCUGUGUGCUUGCUGGCCAACAGCAGCAUGUAAGGUGAACAGUUACGUCAGUGACAGUACCAGUGACAGUAUCAGUGACAGUAUCAGUAUGUCAUGUGUUGACGAAUAUAUCUGAGGUAGUAACCCAUGCCGAGCUUCGUUUACUUCUCGCGCCAGGAACCUCAGAAUUAGUUCGGCGCACUCUUUGCUGUUGGCUAGGCAAGUGUCUUUUGUCUUUUCAUAGCGAGUUGUCCUGGUGUGGACUCUAUAAGCCUCCUAGUUCUCUGAACUGCGACGCUGUUCGCAACAUACUCUGGGCAUUUGCGUUUCAGCAUGCGUGCGCUCUUGUUCAGUGCUUUCUUUGCCCGAGCGGACCAUUGUUACGCACGUGUGCCUUCAACCGUGCAGCUUUUUAUGUAAGGCGCUUACCAGUAAUUGUUUACACUAGUGCUCGCUCCCGUCUGGAACCAAAAUUCUUGUCUAGAAAGUGCUUUCUGUCUCUCUUUUGCUGAGUCUGCUUUCCUUUUUUAACCAUUCUCCGGCUGUGUGGCGAAAAAAAGGGGCACCCUUUUCGCAACUCAAAAAUAUAACAAAAAAAACCGAUCGCCGUGUUAUUUAACUAUCUCGCUGUGUCAUAAUUUAUUUUCUUUACAAUGUUUGUCCCUAGGUGCCGAGUCGUGUGCGUCGCUGUUAGUAGUUGUUUUCUACUCCUUGCGCUAAUAAUAAAUGGCAUGAUGCGUGUUUUUUCACAGUAUUGCUACGGUCGUGAACAUGGAAAUCCGGUCAGAGGUCAGGCGGCCCCAGGGCACCGGCCAUGCCGCCAUGGGUACGCAUGCUGAUCAACAUGUGCACUGCACUGCAUGCAACGGUCUGUACGUGUACUGAUCAACAUGACUGUGCACUGGGCAUGCAACGUUCUGUGCUCACUGAGGGCGCCGGUCAUUCUACCGGAUUUCCAUGCCGUAGGUGUAUUCUGCUGUGUCUGAUGAUGCUGGUUACCAUGGUUACGGGCCGGGCAUGCAGAAUGCAAUUCACUAUGACAUUGAUUGAUUGAUUGAUUGAUUGAUUGAUUGAUUGAUUGAUUGAUUGAUUGAUUGAUUGGAGAAGGAUUACCAAUAAUUAUUUACAAAAUUUUA